AUGCCGUCUUCAAAUUACCGCGUCAUCGAGCCGCACCCUUCGGUGCCUCACACCACCCGCGCAGCUGUCUACACUGGUCGUGGAGGAUGUGGGAAUGUCAUCAGCCUCAAGAAUACUAAGACCACCGACUCGCGUACUGCCACCGGCCCGGCUUCUUUGACUCGCCUAGACUCGCGCGCUCCAUCGACAUUCACCUCCGGCCGUGGCGGUGCCGGCAACGUCCACAGCAGCAGUGAACGCGCAAUUUUCAGCUUCGAUGAGGAACUCGAGCGUGAUCUCCGUCGUGCCGCUCCCGUCUACCACGUCGGUCGUGGUGGCGCUGGCAACAUGAUCUUCCGUGACGACUCUAGCAACUGCAGCCUGAGCCUCAGCCGCAAGUACUCCUCGACCAGCACCAACACUGCCAGCAGCUCCGGCUCGGUGGCUGAUCGUGCUCGCGACAUGGCCCGCCGAGGCCUCGAGAAGGGCUGGGGAAAGCUCAAGGGCACCGCAUAG